GGACUCGCCCUCCCGUUCCCAUCGCGACCGCCUUGUGUCACGCCUGGCCGGUGCCAUCGCGACGGGCCGCCUUGUGUCCCGCCUGGCCGGUGCCGCUCCCGUUCCCAUCGCCACAGGCCGCCUUGUGUCCCGGCUGGCCGCCACCGCUGCUCCCGGCCACCGCUCUCAGUCCAGCCCCGCCGUGCCGCUGUUCCCUCCGGCGCCAUGAGCGGGCUGGGGCCGCAGCGGGAGCUGGAGGAGGCCGCCGCCCUGGAGCGCCGGCGGCGGCGGGAGCUGCUGCGGCGGGGCCGCAUCUUCAACGCACGGAUCCGCACCAUAGGGAUUGAUAAAGAUGCAUUGGAUGCACAGGUCAAGGAGAGGAAAAUUCAAGAAGCAGCUGAAAAAGCAGAACAUGAGAGAUUCGCUCAUCACAUGAAGAAAAAUGACAAGCUCAUGUGUCUGCUAGAAGAACGCCAGAAAAAUGAAAUCAAAGACAUCAAUAAGGCUCUAACUGAAUUUCAUAAGAAUUUUCAGAAGCCGGAAACAAGACGUGAAUUUGACCUGAAUGAUCCACAAGCCCUAAAGAAAGACAGACCAGCUCGAGUUUCAGAUGAUGAUCCUCGGUGUACUAUCUCUGGCAUGCAGAAAUUUAUGGGUGAAGACUUAAACCAUGAUCAGAGGAUGAGGUUUCAAAAGGAGCAAAUAAGGGAGUGGUCUCUUCAGCAACAGAAGGAUUUAAAAAAUGCAUUAGCUGACCAAAAAUUGGCAGAUGAUCUUUAUGACAAGUUUAGGAUUGAACUUGACCGAAGGAUUAUGGAAGAACAAAGAAAGGAAGAGGAAAGCAGGCGCGCUGUUUGUACAGCUACUAAAAAUUUCAAUAAAAUCCAGGUUGCUGAACUAGAUCACAAAAAUGAAUUGGAAAAGGCUCAAAAAAUAAAAGAUGACAUGUAUGAAAUAACCUGCCUCCUUCGAGGAGAUUUCCUUUCUGAAAACCCAGACCAAGCAAUCGGUCCUGGGGGUAAACGUAAUGUGCUGGUGGAUCGAUGGAAGGGAAUGAACCAGGAGCAGCUGAUGGCAAUUCGUGAAUUCCAAAAGGAGCAAGUUCUGGAGAAACAGAGAGCAAGAGAGCAGGAACGCCGAAGAGAUGCGGAAUGGGACAGGCAGCGUCUGCAGGCUGCGAGGAGCCAGCUGCUUUGGGAGCGGCACCAGCAGCGGCAGGAUCAGGUGCAGCGCCGAGAUUUGGAUGCUGUGAAUGCAGGGCUCUCUCAGGAGCAAAAAGCAAAGAACAUUUAUCUUAAAGAGGAAGAGUAUUCAAAUAUUCCAACAGAGGAGUUUUAUGCACAGUUUAACACAACCACCCGGUGAUGAUCUGGAUAAAUCAACCAGAAUUAUACAGAAGUAUGUAGACACAUUAAAAUUUUCAGUUGAGCAAUCCCAUGUUUUAUUGUUUUUAUCUGUUCCCUGCCCUGUUGAAACACUGCAUUCAAACUAAAAGAUAGAUCUGUUCUAAGAAAAGGAAAACAUUGUAAUAAUUUUUAAACAUUAUUGUUGUUCUGAUAGGACUAGUAGAUUCAGUAGUAGGCUGUUUUAUUCUUGUGUCUCAGGCUUAGCUGUAAUAUUUGCAUUAUUCAUGCCUAUAGGAAUCAAUUCCUGGAAAGAAAUCUGAAUUUUAACUACAGUGCUGCUUUAUGCAACUUGGCCAGAGGGGAAUGCUGCCCCAUAGACUACAAGAGAUGCACUUCUCUGGGAGGGAAGGAAGAUGACCUAGGCAGAAAAGUUUGUGUUUGUUUGUGGUUUGAU